AAGGCUCACCACCAGUAAAACUGGAAGCAAAUCCGUGUAACUCGAUAAUGUUGGUGUAAUUGCAACACGGAAGGCGCAUGCGUAAGCUUCAGGACUAUUGGCGAUCUGGAACUUUGAUGUAAUUUCUUUAGCUUGAGAUGCUCAAAUGACCCUAUAUCCACGCAAAUGACCCCUGUAUGAUUAAUCUCUCUUUCAAGCCCCAUUUCCAUCAGCUCUACCAUGUCUGCAUGGUCGGAGACGCACUGGGGACGGGAUUUAUGGAGCAGAAUAAUUACAUCUAUCGACACUCUAAGCAUCCAAAACGAGCCAGGCUGUAGCUUCACCAACACCGCCUGCCUGCCCCGAUCGAAGCACGAUUGCUCGGUCGCCAAGCAAUACAUGGGAUCAGCAGUGAGGCCAGCUGCAGUAGGACUAUCGUGUUAGUUACGUGGAUCGAAUUCACUUGAUACUCUUCCACUCGCGUUCCGUACUAUUGGAUUUGCCUCUGCUGAAGCCAUUGUCAAUAUCUGAUGUUAUUGUGCGUUGCCUAGUAGUGAGUCGUUUUAUUCUUGCUGAAAAGGUACGUGAGUUCAUUUGCUGGAUGAACAUAAUUCUGUUCUUCGAUCGUUGUGGGUUUCUGAUGCACAACGUUCAUCGUGUCUGUUGGUGCCAUAGGACGACAACUCUGCGGAAAACUUAACGAAGUACGACUUUUUCUGGAAAUCGCAAAGUGAUCGCUGUUCCGGGCUAUGCUUAUUCACCUAGUCCACCAUUUUCACAAGCGGAUAUCUGUUUAUUCUGUGAUCGGUGCCUGAACUCUCUGCGCACAAUCUGAAUGUGUGGCGUAGUAUCUCGGGUAAUAUAAUAACCAACUGAAUAAGAUCACCACCAUGUCCAUAGACAGUAACGUGCCGAUGGAGUCUUUCCCGCCAAUUAUCGAACUAAAUGUAGGAGGGGUGUUUUACACCACCAGUAUAUCAACCCUGACGAAGGAGGAUGACUCGUUAUUAGGAUCAAUGUUUAGUGGCAAAGGAAAAAUGACGCUAGUUAAAGACAAUAAGGGCAAAUACUUCAUUGAUAGAGAUGGGGUGUUAUUUCGUUACGUACUGGAUUAUCUACGUAACCAGAAGUUAGUUCUCCCGGAAAAUUUCCAUGAAAAAGACAGACUGAAAAGUGAAGCUGAGUUUUACAAGUUGCCCAAUAUGGUCAAAUGCGUCCAGAGCGCCAAUAUCAUUCACACUCACCACUCGCACAUAAAGGCGCCUGUGCCGAACAGUGUCAGCCCAGAACCAGACAAACCCAACGGUGUGAUAACUCUGGGGUAUCGCGGGACCUUCGCUUUUGGCCGCGACGGAUUAGCCGAUGUGAAAUUUCGGAAGCUCUCGCGGAUCCUGGUGUGUGGCCGUGUGUCCGUUUGCCGGGAGGUCUUCGGCGACACCCUUAAUGAAAGCCGAGAUCCUGACCGUGGCUGCACAGACCGCUACACGUGUCGGUUCUUCCUAAAGCACACCUUCAUAGAGCAGGCCAUUGAUAUGCUCGUCGAGAGCGGCUUCGUAAUGAAGGGCUGCUGUGCUUCGGGGACCAAUGGGGCGGGCGAAUUGAAACCCGGGAUGGACUCGGAGGAGAACAAGUGGCAACACUAUAACGAAUUCAUCUUCAUUAGGGUGUCCUAAAAAGUUGGAUAGGACAAGCUUAAAUCGUCCCCACGGGAAGCUGCUAAAGAUUUGGAAUAUGACACGGAAAGAAAAUGGUAACGAAAUACUGAAAAAAUUGUAGACGUAGGUUAUUUCUGUUCCAUUAAUCAUGUUAAUCGUGACUAAGGAAUAAUUAUUUACACUGUAUGCCACACGGAGUAUAAAUGUUUUGGAUGCAACGUCAUUAUAAUGCGUUAGUUCACGGUGAUUUAUAAAGCUUCCGUAGGCAUUUAGUUGACCUAGAACAUUUUAUUCUGCUGGAUUAAUUUUAACAUUAUGCACUGCAAUAAGGAUGUCAUUGAAUCUCAAUGGACUAUGUAUAUCUGUUAAAUGACGGCACAGAAUAUAAAUGUUAUGUAAUGCCAUCUACGUAGUUGGCACAAGACUCCGAGACCCAGAGAUGCCUGCACUUAAGGCGCUAACCGUAGGCCAGACAGUAGAAGUAUACCAGUUAACAUCUCGACUUUCUUUACAGUGAGUGUACUUUUCUAGGAUUACCUUAAGUCAUUUUCUAUCUAGUUGCUUCCCUUUAUUUCGUAUCGAACAAAUUUGUUCGCUUCAAGACCUACGGAAUUCGCUAAAAUUACACUACGCGAUUAUACGGCUCAAUCAGCACAUUCAAAUACUUAUUACAUGUAGAAACUGAGGAUAGCCAUUGGAAAAGAUUAUCAUACUCAGAAAACAAUAAAAUGAUGGUAUGUCAACAACCGUACGACGAUUAAUGAGUUCUUAAGCUUGGAAUAGUAUGUGCAUUUGUUACGAAUCGUUAAUCUUGUCAGUUCAAUUGCAUGAUUAAUCUGGAAGACAUUAUCAAAGGUAAACUACAGGCAAAAUAUCGCAAACCUCAUUUGAUUGAGAUAUCCAACGACGGACGACCUCUGACAGGUUGGCAUGUCCUGGAAUUAGUUUAGAUGUGUUUUAUCUUAUCCUUUGGGUUCUGGUUCCUUUUUAACCCGAAGACCGAUCCAAAAUGGGGAUUGAUAGGAAAAGAUUUUGGUGUUGAACGCGUUUAGAUAGUCACUCACAAACAGCCUUGCUGAAAUUUGACCUCAUGCACAAGUUAAUCUGUUGAGAAGAUUAUGAGAGACUGUGUCUCGAAACAACAUUACUGUAUACCCAAGAAACGAACGUCCAGCACUCCGAGCGGCGAGUUUCGUCUUGAGGAAGGUUGUGAAAAGAGGAGAAAAUUAUAAGAUCUCAAAGAGGAACGCAACUCGUUGUACACGAUGAUGCUGUUAAAAUAGUUUUAGGGCUAGGGACGUUUGCUUCCAAGUAAAGUAUAGACUAAAUUUCUUGGACUGUGUCGAAGGGAUAAGGGAUUCUAAUACAAUCAAGGGUGUAUCUCAAGGAUACUCUGCAAGCAGUUUGGACCGGCUACACCAUGGGGGAAGGGUAGCUAAUCAAGUCGCCUACUGUGUUUGCCGAAUUUAGGAAAAUACCAGAAAGUAUUUUAUUUCAUGAAUUCAUGGAUUUAUGGAAUGAGUUAAUCUAUCUGGUAAUACGAGCUUUCCAGGACUGAAUGAGUGAAAUUACGAAGCGAGGUGAUAUGCACGUUGUUGUCAUGACCACAUACCAACUACAACCUGGGCAUAAAAAAGUAGCAGUUAUCCAGUCAUAUUCUUGUUUGGACUGCUAAGGAGAAAUUAUGAUGACCUCACCUCAGAAUAUCACUGAACUUGAUGAAUGUGAACACCAGAUGGAUUAUUUUUUCUUCAACUAACCACGUCGUCAACGGCGUGACGUUGGCGAAGGAUGCAACAAAAACGUUAAAUAAAUCAAUAAAAUAAUGUUGUGAGGUUUUUUAACUCCUUGGAUUAGGCAAUCCCAGUAGCCGAGUUCUCCCGACUUGAUCUCCCUUUCCUUCGGAGUGAGAUACAACGGGUAAUAUGUAUAGAUACAUUAUGUAUAUUAUCAUAUUGUCUUCUAUAUCGCUAGCAUAGCUACAGUAAUACAGAUACUCCUGCACUCUGUUAAGCUACACUGUGUUAAAAUUUUAAUCAUAUUUCAUAAUCAUUUGACGCUACGCCAUGCUCUCGAAUCUCUGUUGAUAAACCACUUCGUAAGAAUCAGUGUUAUAGCAGUUCGAGUAAAAAAAUGCAAUUGCCGGGCUUACUGUUGAUGAAUUUAACCCGGGAGACACAUGGCUACAACAACAAAGGCAUGUGAACAAAUUGUGUGAUUUCGCGGAUAACAUAGAUCCUGUGGAAGACCCUCGAGAAUUCGUUCCCGAGUUAUAUCGAGAAAAAGAGUGAACCUUCCAGCCUACCGAGCAGUGAGCAGUUCUGCCGGUAUACGAGGUGUCUUGUAAUAUCAGCUCGGCAUUUCCAUCCACUAAAUGCUUACGACUUCAUCUAUAAGUGAAUCUAUGGUGUCGUCAACUGAUAAAAUGUUAGAACUUGCGGAGUGUAUUCUUAUGGACCCCUUCAGCUCACGAAUCGAUAAUCAGAAUCAAAUUUAUCCGUGUGUCGAGUACUGAACUGAUACACACUGUCACAAUAUUUCCUUUUCCACGGCAGUUCCGCUCAGUGAGCUUCAACUCCUACCCUUUGGAAAAGAUGGGAAAUCUCUCUGCGGGGUAAUUUUGCGAAAAUCGAUUCAAGGGAUGAGAUUGUCAAAGUAAAUACAACAAUCAAUAUGAUAAAGUUCAUACCAUAAGGCUGAAUAGUUAAAACGUUGUUGUAGUCAACAGAGCAAACGGCUGUCAAGCUCAUGAUUAAAAACCUGUUCUUGGCAGAUGCCAAUGCCGUGUGCAAGCUAUCUACUGUACUCGCAUCACUCUAGAGGGGACUUUAAUAUGAAACAUGAUAAACGAGAUAUCGUUUUAUAAAACAACUUGGUGUUUUGCAUAACUCUGCACUGCUGUGAAACUUUGUUGUUGAAGUGCAUCGAUGACGCUGAAAUGGACGUCGCUCGAAGCGCUUCAGCUUGGCCUAUCCUAUUCAAAAGAUUAACCGGUUUUAAUCCUUGAAUCGAUUAAGUAAAACUACCCGUUAUUCAGAUAUGUUGAUGGUAUAAUUUAUGUAUAUAUAUAGCAGUAUCAUUUAUCUGGAGGCGAGAAGUGAUAUUUUAAGAGCAAUUAAAAUUGUUGUCCAUUUAUUAUA